AUGGUAGGCUCCCCAUCAGCCGACCAGACUGGCCUGCCCGAGGGCUGGGAGGUGCGCCGCUCCAACACCAAGAACCUGCCGUACUACUUCCACCCCGCGACCAAAGACUCGAGAUGGGAACCGCCCGCGGGCACGGACCCGGAGAAGCUGAAGGAGUACAUGGCAAAAUACCACAGCUCCAAGGGCGUCGCGCCCGCCAAUCUUGGGCCUCAGGAUGGCAAGAUCCGAUGCGCACAUCUGCUUGUAAAGCACCGCGACAGUCGGCGACCGGCUAGCUGGCGUGAGCCGAGGAUUACGCGGAGCAAGGACGAAGCAACGGCCCUCAUCGAGGAGUACCGCAGCGUGAUCAAGAAAUACGAGGCGAACCCCAAUGACCCGGAGGGAAAGUCUCUCUCCGAGCUGGCGACAACGGAAUCCGACUGCAGCAGCGCGCGAAAGGGGGGAGACCUGGGCUUCUUUGGCCGGGGCGACAUGCAGAAAGAAUUCGAAGAGGCUGCGUUUGAGCUCAACAAGGGCGAAGUGAGCGAUAUAGUCUACACGGCGUCUGGAGUGCACUUGAUUCAGAGGUUGGAGUAA